UGAAGUGCGGUUGAGCUGUUGUGUGUUUGUGUCUCUAUAUUCAAGCAGUAAAAUGGCAGAAGCCAGAGUUUUUCAGGAUGAGUUAAUGUGUGCAGUGUGUCAGGAUCUCCUGAAGGAUCCAGUGACCAUUCCCUGUGGACACAGUUACUGUAAGAGCUGUAUUACAGACUGCUGGGAUCAGGAGGAUCAGAUGAGAGUCUACAGCUGCCCUCAGUGCAAACAGACCUUCAGUCCAAGACCUGCUUUAGCUGGGAACACCAUGCUGGCUGAAGUGGUGGAGAAACUGAAGAAGAGGAAACGUCCUGCUGACUGUGACGCUGGAGCUGGAGAUGUGCAGUGUGACGUCUGUACUGGAAGAAAAUAUAAAGCCAUCAAGUCCUGUCUGGUGUGCCUGAAUUCUUACUGUCAGCAUCACCUUGAGGAACAUGAAAGUUGGUUUAAAGGAAAGAGACACAAUUUGACUGAUGCCACUGGACGACUGCAGGAGAUGAUCUGCCAGAAACAUGACAAGAUCCUUGAGGUUUUCUGUCGCACUGACCAGAAAUGUAUAUGUGUGCUGUGUACGAUGGAUGAACAUAAAAACCACGACACUGUCUCAGCUGCAGCACAGAAGACAGAGAAACAGCACCAGCUGAAGGAGACGCAGAAGACGUUCCAGCAGAGAAUCCAGCAGAGAGAGAAAGAUCUCCAGCAGCUGAGAGAGGCUGUGGAGUCUCAUAAGCGCUCUGCACAGACAGCAGUGGAGGACAGUGAGAGGAUCUUUACUGAGCUCAUGCGCUCCAUUAUGAGAAGCCAGUCUGAGCUGAUACGGCUGAUCAGAGAUCAGGAAAAGCAAGCAGUGAGUCGAGCUGAAGGACGACUGGAGCGACUGGAGCAGGAGAUCAAUGAUCUGAGGAGGAGAGACGCUGAGCUGGAGCAGCUUUCACACACACAGGAUCACAUCACAUUCCUGCAGAGUUUCCAGUCUCUCUCAGCAACUCCUGAAUCUACAGACGUAAAUGAUGAUCCCUUCAGUUCUCUCUUCUCUUUUGAUGACCUGAGAGAAUUUGUCCAUCAGCUGAGAGACAAACUGGAGGAUUUCUGCAAAGAGGAGCUCAAGAAGAUCUCAGACAGAGUCACGGUCACCAACAUUGUUCCCAGGAUCAGGAACGACCUCCUACAAUAUUCCCAUCAGCUCACUCUGGAUCUGAAAACAGCACAUAAACGUCUCCGUCUGUCUGAGAACAACAGAGUGAUUACUGUCGCUGGCACAGAUCAGUCGUAUCCUGAUCAUCCAGACAGAUUUGAUGCGUAUCGUCAGGUGUUGUGUAAAGAGAGUGUAUGUGGACGCUGUUACUGGGAGCUGGAGUGGAGUGGAAAUAUGUUUGGUGGGGUGCGUCUAUCAGUGUCAUAUAAGAGCAUCAGCAGGAAGGGAGGUGUUGAGUGUUUGUUUGGAUAUAAUGAUCAGUCCUGGAGUUUGUCCUGCUUUCCCUCCAAAUACGUAUUCUGGCACAGUAAGAUACAGACUGCUCUCCCUGUAGAGUCCAUCAGCAGUAGAAUAGGAGUGUAUGUGGAUCACAGUGCAGGAACUCUGUCCUUCUACAGCGUCUCUGAUACAAUGAGCCUCAUCCACACAGUCCAGACCACAUUCACUCAGCCGCUCUAUCCUGGGUUUGGAUUUGGGUCCGGCUCAUCUGUGAAACUGAGAAAUAUUGUUGAUGAAUCAGAAUAGAUUGGUCCAUUAAUUAGGCAUAUAAGUAGCUAGGCGAAUGCCUACUUUACUUUAACACGGUGUCUACGCCAGACGCGAGCGGCACAACAUGACAAGUCAAUAGACCCGUUACGAUAGGUAAAGCUGUCCGCAAUGUAUGCAGUGCGAUACGGCCAGUGCAACAAAACUUCUGCUACUGCUGCUAUUGAUAAUAUUCACUAACAUUUCAAUACUGAGUGAUAUUCACAAUGUUGUAGUAGGAAUUUACUGUGCGAGCUGUUGCGGUUGUAAUAUUUAAUCAGAAUUUGCAAAGCAUAAACUACUGCUGCUGCGCAACACCUGCUGUAAGGCCUGUUUAAUAAGCGAAGUAAUAAAUGCCUGUUGCACUUAAAAGAGUUAAUUAACCCUCGAUGAGUUAUCACUAAACUUUCAUGCAACUAAAGCGCUUUCUGCUGCCGCUACUAUAUUAGCAACAAUAAUAUGACUUGCUAUGCAUGCUGCUGCUAAUAUUAUUUCUAACCUUGCAUCUGAAUUUGCUAUGCAUGCUAUACAAUUUGCUAACAAUGCGAUCUGAAUAGCUAUGCAUACUGCUGCACGAAAGUACUUAGAAUGCUACUGCCCCUUUAUUAAAUACCCAAACACAACCGAUUAAUGCUUAUUUCGAUUUGAAGAGUUCUAUAAACCCUGUUGAAUUGAAUAACAAGUAAUGAAAUGCCUAAAUCACCUAAAGUUCACUACCAUCCAAACGUUAUCUUUUCAGUGAAUUUCAUGCAAGUAAAUGUACUUUCUGCUGCCGCUGCUAUAUUAGCAACAAUGACGAUUGGACUGCCAUGCAGACUGCCGCUAAUAUUUCUAACAUUGCGUCCGAAUUGCUAUGUGUGCUGCUGCUAUAAAAAUUCACUAAACUAGCAAUCUGAAUAGCUAUACAUACUGCUGCUACAGCUGCACGACGGUACUUAGAAAUGCUAUAGUGUCUUUAUUAGCAAGCAAACGCAAUCAAAUGAUACCUAUUUCACUUUGAAGGGUUCAUAAAAUCUACUGUAUGCCUUGUUAAAUAAGCAAAGAAAUAAAAUGCCUAUUUCACUUUAAAGAGUUACUUACCCAAUAUGUUAUCACUGAAAUUUCAAGCAACUAAAGUACUUUCUGCUGCCACUGCUAUA